GGGGGCGAUGCGGGGGCCAUGGAGCAGCUGGCGGCGGGGCUGGCCCGGCUCCGCUGGAGCCCCUCGGCGCUGCCCCUCGAUGCCAUCGUCAGCAAGUGCCGGCUGCCCACGCUCGUCUGCCUGGGGCAGGGGGAGUCGGUGGAGGGGGUGAGCGCCCAGGACGUGCUCCUGAUCCACUCCUGCCGCCAGUGGACGACGGUGACGGCCCACAGCCUGGAGGAAGGGCACUACGUCAUCGGCCCCAAAAUCGACAUCCCCCUGCAGUACCCAGGGAAGUUCAAGCUGCUGGACCAGGACCGGGACAUCCGCGAGCCCGUGCAAUAUUUCAACAGCGUGGAGGAGGUGGCCAGCAUCUUCCCCGACCGCGUCUUCGUCAUGGAGGCCAUCACCUUCAGCGUGAAGGUGGUGUCGGGGGAGUUCAGCGAGGACAGCGAGGUGUACAACUUCACGCUGCACGCCGGGGACGAGCUGACCCUGAUGGGCCAAGCCGAGAUCCUGUGCGCCAAGACGGUGAAGGAGAAGUCGCGCUUCACCACCCUGCUGCGGAAACUGGGCAAGGCGGCGGCGGCGGCGCCGUCGUCGUCAUUGUCAUCGUCGUCGUCAUCGUCGGGGGGGGCCAAGCAGGUGAAGGGCAAAAUGCCCUGCCUGAUCUGCGUCAACCACCGCACCAACGAGAGCCUCAGCCUGCCCUUCCAGUGCAAGGGCCGCUUCAGCACCCGCAGCCCCCUGGAGCUGCGGCUGCAGGAGGGCGAGCACACCAUCCGCAGCAUCAUCGAGAAGGUGCGGCUCCCCGUCAACGUGGCCGUGCCCAGCCGCCCGGCCCGCAACCCCUACGACCUGCACGCCAUCCGCGAGGGGCACUGCUACAAGCUGGUCAGCAUCAUCUCCAAGACGGUGGUGCUGUGCUGCAUCCUCCGCCGGGACCAGUUGGUGCCUUUCCAUUUCCUCCUCUUGGCCGACAUGCCGCGUUUCCAGCUCCCCGAGGGGCUCCUCGGGGGGGACCCCCAGCUGGAGAAGCUGCUGCGGGACAGCGCCGCGUACUGCCACGAGCGCUUCAACCCCGACGAGUACUCGCGGGCGGUGCGCGAGGCCAAGCCCGAUUUUUCGGAGGAGUGCGCCAGCCCCCGGCGCUUGCGGCUCUGCCUGCCGAGCUGCGCCCGCGAGGAGCUCAGCCAGCCCCUGCAGCGCCUCUCGCUCUGCUUCUACGGUGGGGCACCCCGCGCCCCCCAGGAUGUGGCCACCCGCUGCCAGGACCCCACACCGGGGGUUGGUACGGGGACGCCGCGCCAGCAGCCCGAUUUCGCCGACCCCGAGAGGGAGUACAUGACGCCCGACUGGGCCGAGCCCGAAUUCAGGACUCAGGAGCCGCUGGAGAUCCCCUACGAGGAGCUCUGGAGCAACCAGGGCUUGGAGAGCUUCCCCUCGGCCGGUGGCACGGGGCGCCCCGACCUCGUCGCCGCCUUUGGGGCCGCGUCCCCGUUGGGCUCCCCGCGCCGCCCCGGUGUGCCCAGGGAGGAGCCCCUGGGGGAUGCGCCACCCCCGGUGCCACCCAAAUCGGAGGCGGUGAAGGAGGAGUGCCGGCUGCUGAACGCACCCCCCGUGCCACCCCGGGGCGGCCGCCCCCCAGCCCCCCGCAGCCCCCCAGCCCCCCUGCGCUUCCCAAAGCUGGCUCCUGCUCCCUCGCCCAGCCCCAGCCUCUCCUACUACUCCUCGGGGCUCCACGACGGGUCGGUCCCGCGGAGUGGCAGUGGCUCACCCUCACCUGACGCCUACUCCCUGUACUGCUACCCCUGCGCCUGGGGCGACUGCAAAGCCGGGGACCCCCCCGGCCGCCCGCUGCCCCCCGCCACCCAGCCCGGCCCCAGCGCUUGGUCGGACCCCUGGGCCUACGCCGAGGCAGGGGCUGGGGGGGGCAGCGGCCGCUCCACCCCGCUACCAGCAGCCGAGCCCCCCCUGAAACCCUUCCGCAGCUGCCCCCGCCUCAAGCCCCCGCACCCCCAAAAACGCUUCGCACCCUUCGGGGCGCUCAACCCCUUCGCUGGCCCGGCCGAGUGGCCGGAGAGCCCGGAGUGGCCCAAGCCUCCUUCGGCUCCAUCUGCUCCCUCUUCCUCCUCCUCACCCGAACCCUUCGCCCCCUUCGAGGGCUGGAUCCUGCAGGCCCCCCCCCGGCCCCCCAAAGGUUUUGAGGGGGACAGCAUCGUCAUCCGCGGGGCGGCCCCGCUGUCACCCGCCGUCCUGCGUGGGGCCGAAGGCGGCGUCGCCCGGCUCUACCUGGCGCAGGGCGUCAUCGAGGUGCCACCGGCGGCUGCGCGGGGCGAAGGGGGGGCCCCGCCGGCUGCCCCCCGUCCCAGCGGGGACGGCUCGCCCUGGCUGCCCCCCGCCGACCUCUCGGCCUUGUCGGUGGAGGAGGUGUCCAAGUGCCUGCGCUUCAUCGGCCUCUCCGAGGACGUCGUCAGCUUCUUCGCCCGGGAGCGCAUCGACGGCAGCAUCUUCGUGCAGCUGAGCGAGGAGAUCCUGGCCGACGAUUUCCGCCUCACCAAGCUCCAGGUGAAGAAAAUCAUGCAGUUCAUCAAGGGCUGGCGCCCCAAAAUCUAGCCGGGUGAUGGGGGCACCCCCCCAAAGCCCCAGCCACGCAGUGCCUCUCCCCGCUUACGGCUGCGGGGUUCCCUCCUCCUCCCCAGGAGCUCAGCCCCGCUGCCGGGGGCUCCCCCCCCCCCCCUUUCUGUUUUAACACUGGACAGUAAUUUUGGCCUCACCAGGCUGGAAAAUGUCGGAGUUUGCAUUGACUGCUUUAACUUAAUCCUUGUGGAUUAGUGUAAUAAACAGACGGGAGAGAACAAG